AUGAAAAUAGAAAUUUAAAGAAAACAGUAAUACCCAAAUUUGCAGCAGCAGCAGCAGCUUUAUAAAGACAUCCAUCCAUCCCCUCUAAUGCUCGCUCACCCCUUCUUGAUCUCCCUCAUAAUAUAUUAUAUAUGUGUGUGUUUUCUUGUGAGAUUAAUUACUAAAGUGCAAGUUUUGUUUGAUUUUAAUUAAACUGAAUGGGUUUGGUGUAAAUUAAGUCUGCACAAGAACAUCUCCUCCUCCUCCUGCUGCUGCUGCAAAUUAAAAAGAUGGAAUCAAUGUUUGGCGGUGGGCAAGUAGUUAUGGUGAUUUGGAGGCAAAUGAAGGCGCCAUUAGUGGUGCCAUUUUUGAGAAUGAUGAUGUACGUAUGUCUGGGGAUGUCGAUAAUGCUGUUCGUAGAGAGGGUUUACAUGGCCUUGGUCAUCAUCUUCAUCAAGUUGUUUGGAAAGAGGCACCGUUACAAAUGGGAGUCCUUCAAAGACGAUGUUGAGUUGGGUAACUCUGCUUACCCUCUUGUUCUUGUUCAGAUUCCCAUGUUCAACGAAAAAGAGGUUUACCAGCUUUCCAUUGGAGCAGCAUGUGGUCUUUCUUGGCCUUCUGAUCGUAUCGUCAUUCAAGUUCUUGAUGAUUCAACAGAUCCAUUCAUCAAGGAGAUGGUGGAAAUUGAGUGUCAAAAAUGGGCAAGUAAAGGUAUAAACAUACACUACCAGGUUAGGGACAAUCGAAAGGGAUAUAAAGCCGGAGCACUCAAAGAAGGUCUAAAGCAUCGCUAUGCUAAUGAAUGUGAGUAUGUCGCCAUUUUCGAUGCGGAUUUUCAACCCGAACCUGACUUUCUCUGGCAAACUAUACCGUUUCUUCAUCAUAACUCUGAACUUGGUCUCGUUCAAGCUCGUUGGAAAUUCGUGAAUUCAGAUGAAUGUUUAUUGACAAGAAUGCAAGAGAUGUCACUUGACUACCAUUUUAAAGUGGAACAAGAAGUUGGCUCUUCUACCUACGCAUUCUUUGGAUUCAAUGGGACUGCCGGAGUAUGGCGGAUGGCGGCAAUAAAUGAGGCCGGAGGGUGGAAGGACCGCACUACAGUUGAAGAUAUGGAUUUAGCAGUUCGAGCUAGUCUUAAAGGAUGGAAGUUCUUGUAUCUUGGCUCACUAAAGGUAAAAAAUGAACUGCCAAGCACACUGAAAGCCUACCGUUACCAACAACAUCGUUGGUCUUGUGGUCCCGCUAAUCUUUUUAGGAAAAUGGUUUUCGAGAUCAUAAGAAAUAAGAGAGUGACACUGUCGAAGAAGCUAUACGUGAUGUACAACUUCUUCUUUGUAAGAAAGAUCGUAGCUCAUAUUGUUACCUUCGUGUUCUAUUGUGUUGUACUUCCCGCAACUGUGAUGGUGCCUGAAAUCAUUAUUCCAAGGUGGGGUGCGGUUUAUAUCCCAACCGUCAUCACUAUUCUGAAUGCAGUAGGAACUCCGAGAUCUUUCCAUUUGUUGGUGUUUUGGAUUCUAUUUGAAAAUGUUAUGUCCCUCCAUCGGACUAAGGCUACAUUUAUCGGAUUAUUUGAGGCUCAAAGAGUGAAUGAAUGGGUUGUCACCGAAAAGCAUGGAGAUUCUUCCAAGGUUAAAGGAGCAACAAAACAACUUAAAACACCCCACUUCAAAAUAGGGGAAAGGGUUCUUAUGCUAGAGCUUGGUAUGGGUUUCUUCCUAUUUACGUGUGGUUGCUACGAUUUUGCAUUUGGGAAGGACAGGUACUUCAUUUACCUAUAUGUACAAGCGAUAGCAUUCUUCAUAAUGGGAUUCGGCUAUGUUGGAACUCAUGUUCCCGACUCGUAGACGUGACCUUCUUCAUUCGUCACUUAUCAUUUUCACGUUUUGAUCGACAGUCAUUCUACACUUGUUUCAUUCGCUGCGUCAUACAAGUGUUGUUUGAGAAUAUGCAACUUUCAUUAAUAUUGCUUGCUUUGUACUUUUUGUGUAUAUAGCGAACGUUAAUACAUGUUUUUUCUACAUUAUUGUAAAGGUUUUGAAGCCUUUCCCAAUAAGGUUACUUUUGUAUAUUUAAAAAAAAAAAA